ACAGUGAUAUAACGGUCCUAAGAACGUACAAUUGCUCCAUAUAUACAAGCUUUUUAUUUUUAAUUUGAUCUUCUGGUGUCCAGUAUGUUGUGCUUUAGAAGUUCAGGAAGAAAGAAUCAAGAGUGUUAGAUUAAUCGGCAGUGCAUCAGACAAGGAAGAUUUCGAGAGAUAUAAAGUUGUAACUUACAUACUACUUAAUUAACCAUUGGAUCAUGACUCAUACGCUUAUGGAUAAAAGGAUUUCCCAACUAAAAGAGGCACAACUGAAGUUUGAGCAAAAUAGUAAAAUUUCAAUUCCUAAGAUUCAAAGGGUUCCUAAGUUUUUGCGACAAAAUGAAAGAUUUUAUAAGUAUUGCUCACCAAAGAUUAUAUCAUUUGGUCCGAUCCAUCACAAUAAUAAAUGUCUUAAAGAAGGAGAGCAGUACAAACUUCUAUGGACCUCUACAUUUCUUGAGGAAUAUGGCAAAGAAAUCAAUCAAGAUGGUAACCAAGCAUGCAAACUUUUGCUUAACAAGAUUGAAGAUAAUAUUGAAGAAUUGAAGAACAUGUUCACUGAAGAUGCAAUUGAAGGAUUCAAUGACAAUGAUCUUGCUUGGAUAUUGUUCGUGGAUGGAUGUUCCUUGCUACAUUUCAUGGGAAAUGUCGAUGACCAAUAUCCCGAAGGGCUAAAUCUUAAGUUUGACCAAUUGAUGUAUAUAUGGAGAGAUGUUUCGUUGUUAGAGAACCAACUUCCAUACCAAAUGCUUGAGAUUAUAUGCAAUGAAAGAGGCAUUGAUUUGAACUUUUUAGUUAACAAUUAUCAGGGUAUGGGUGCAUGCAAACGUUAUGGAAUGACAAUGAUUCCAUUGAAAAAUCCUAAACCAUUUCAUAUACUAGAUUCUUCGCGCUUGAUGUACUUGACGUCCGAUUUGGGAAUCGACGUUGAAGAACAAGGUCAGAUGGAAACACAAUCAGAAGGAAAUGAACCCAAUCAAACCGGGGAAAAUACAACCUUAAACCAAGAAGAUGAUGACGAUGAAGAAGUUCUUAGUUGUAAUUGGAAUACUUAUAAAAGCAUAAGGGAUCUAAAAAUAAUAGGAAUUCGAGUGAAACCAAAUAAGACAGAUGCAUGGACAUGGAGUAACGUUUCUUUCAAGUCUAAGUGGUUGAGUGGAGAACUAAGACUUCCUAUUUUUUUGUUCAAUGAUGUCACACCUUAUUUUUUUCGAAACUUAAUAGCAUAUGAGAUGUGUCCAGAUGUUCGCUACAACUACGAAUGUUGCUCGUUCUUUACCUUCAUGGAUUCAUUGGUUGACAACGCCGAGGAUGUGAAGGAGCUUAGAUUAGCUGGUGUAUUUCAAAACUUGCUUGGAAGUGACGAAGAAUUGGCAAAACUCUUCAAUGAUUUGGGUGACGAUUUGCCAACAAAAAUGUAUUGCAACAAUUCCUACACAGAUGCGGUGGCUUAUAGCAGGAGAUAUCUUCUCAUCAAGGUUCAAAUUGAAAAACAUUAUACAAACAAAUGGAAGACAUGGUUGGCUCAAGCUUACAAUACCCAUUUCAAUACACCGUGGGCUAUGAUUGCCUUCUUAGCUGCAAUGCUAGCAUUGGUUCUUACUUUUAUCCAAACUUGGUGUGCUAUCUAUCCCAAGUAGAACAUCAAAAAUUUUAAUGAAAUAAAUAAGUAUGUGUGAUUAAAAUGUCUAGCACCAAGAUCCAAGUUUCUUAAUUUCAUUCAAUUAGAGGGCAAAAAAAACUACUUCAGGUUGGGUAGUGCAAUGAUGUAAGGGUACUUUUGCUGGUCAUUUCUUGGAAAAUAUAGGCGUUUCUACAACCUUGCAUGCUGAGUUAAUUGCUGCAAAACAUGCUAUUGAGAUUGCUCAUGGUAGGGGUUGGAUAAAUAUUUGGAUUGAAAGCGACUCUCUCAAGAUUUUAGCAACUCCCUUCUAUGGUCCCUUGGCACCUUUAAAACAAAUGGCGAAUUGUUUGAAGCUUGUCCGAGAUUUUAGUUUUAGAUUUAAUUUCUCACAUAUUGAAGGUAAUAUUUGUGCUGAUAAGUUAGCGAACGUUGGGUUUCAAAUUGAUGGGUUUACUUGGUGUGAUGUCAUGCCAAAUUGUAUAUUUUUUGUAACAUAUUUAGUCUUUCAAAAUUCUGUUUCUAUUAGUA